GUGGGCCCCACCCUUCGCUUUCCUCUCGCUCCCCGCAAGCCCUCCAAAAACCCCCCGCAACCGCCGGCCCUCCACGAACCCAACAGCCCGCCGCCGCCAUGGCCACCGCCGGAGCCUUCCACGCCGGCGGGCGCCUCCUCCUCCCGCUCCGCCGCAGCCCCCACGGGCCCAGCCCCUCGCCCUGGUCCCACUUGCGCUCCCACCUCAUCUCCUCCAAGCCGUCGUCCUCCGCCCCGCACCCGCCGCCGCUGCCGCCGGCGCGCUCGGCCCCUGCGGCGUUCUCCUUCACCCCCACGAGCAGAAAGACCGGAGCGGUCGGGGCCGGCGUCGUCGGGUGGUACCUCGGCCUCCUGGAUGCGCGGCCCGUGCUGACCAAGAGCGUCACCGCCGCCGCCAUCUUCACCGCCGCGGACCUCACAUCCCAGAUGUGCACACUUGGUCCUGAGGUACCACUUGACUUUCUUAGGACCACACGUAUGGCUAGUUAUGGGUUGCUGAUCUCAGGACCUACCCUCCAUCUUUGGUUCAACUUUAUCUCGAAAGUGUUCCCAAAAAAGGAUGUAGUAAACACAUUGAAGAAGAUGUUCCUAGGGCAAGCAGUUUAUGGACCAAUUAUUAACUCAGUUUUCUUCUCGUAUAAUGCUGGACUACAAGGUGAGACUGUCCCUGAGAUCACUGCAAGAUUGAAGAGGGACCUAGUUCCGACCAUCAAAAGUGGGAUUUUAUAUUGGCCAGCUUGUGACUUUAUUACUUUCAAGUUUGUCCCUGUUCAUUUACAGCCACUAGUGAGCAAUUCAUUCUCGUUUCUUUGGACCAUCUAUAUAACAUAUAUGGCCAGCUUAAAGAAAGCAGAUGUGGAGCUGGCCACAAGUACCUAGUUGUCGUCGAAUGACUCAACACGACUGUUAUCCAUCAAUUCUCUGUACAAGGCGGGCUUAAUGGAUGUCUCAUGGAACUAUGAUGUUAUCUGUCAUUUUAUUGACCGACAAUUCUACACUGAAAACAGAGAUUGGAUUGCUUCGUAUGCAUCAUUUGCUUUUGGUUAGGGUAUAGUGUCCACAGGGCUUCUGCCUGACUAUGUUUUUGGCUGAGCCUGUCUGGAUGGCAGAAUUAUACUACCAUACUACCAUCUUAUCUUCCUAAGGUCUUCAAUCCUCCACCUCAAAAGCUAGAACUUUUUUGAACUAGAUUCUCUGUAUCUAGUUGUGGUGAUGUAAGUGUAAGGUGAACCUGUUUGUUCUUUGUGACAAAUGAGACCAGACUAUGUUAGUUCUUUUGAGAGAUGCUUGA